GUAAGCCGUAACUUUAGCUCCCAUAGAGCAAUAUUAGCUUUACCUUUCUCUAUGUCCAACUCUUUGUCGCCUUUGGACACCCUUUUACCGCCCUUCUUUACUUUCCUGGUGUGAAGCAGUUGUUCAUCAAACCAAGCUGGAUACAAGAUAUUGCAAAAACGCUGGGCGUAGCGACAAUAAAGUGGAUCAUAUAGCGUACAGCGCUCUAGCAUGGCGAACAGAGUUUGAAGACUAAAUUUAAAGUGAAACCAUUGAAGUCGAUCGCCAUCGAAGAGUUCAUUCCCAGUUCUCGGGGAAAAAUGGCACAAAAUGCAUGAUUUCAAAUGUGCAAAUCCGGUGACAUCUCAUCUUAGGAAGCUAUACAGCACUUCUGAAAAAGGAUGAGCCUCAGCAAGAGCUGCUAAGAUAAGACGAAUGUGACCAGAAGGAUAUACGCUGGAGUUUUGUGAAGUAAGCUGACUCAUAUUCAACACGAAGGGGGACCUCCACAUCCAGGAAAGAUGAGGAGGGAAAACAUAGCCAGAAAUAACCAUCCUCCUACUCCUCCUUCUCAAGGAGAAAAAAAAAACGCAAGGGAGGCAGGUAUCUUCAACUCAGUUUCCAAGAGGGGGGACUCUGGAUGGAUUGGGGAUGGACCGCCACAGGAUUGGAGGAUGGCUGGUCUCGGUGUGGCCCCUCGCCAAGCCCAUAUGUCUUUAUAUAGUGUAAAGACAUGAGAGGACAGUCCUGAGUCCUGACUCUGCUGAAGUCGCACUUUGUGCAGCAUCCUUCACUUCUCCUCAUCUCCACGCCAUGGCUGCACCGAGCCAUCUUCUCUCGCUCUUUCUGGGGCUCCUGGCGGGAAGCCUCCUAACCGAGGCGACCUACUACCGUCCCCACCGCUACUUUCCUCACUUUAUUCGCUUCCGGGAGCCAUCCGCGCACACGGACAACCACCUCCCGGAGGUCUACCACCCGGCUCCCCGAGCACCUCACCCCGGCGUGCCGCGUCAUCCCGUCAUCCCUGAAGUCAUCCACCCUGCACCUGAGAUCACCCAGACUAUACCGGAGGCUUUCCACCCGGUGCCUGAAGUCGUGCAUCCCGCUCCCGAGUCUUACCACAGGUCGGUACCGGAAGCCCCCGCUCCGGUCAAUAUGACCAUUAGCCGGGUCUUCUAUGGCGUCAUGUUUGACGCGGGCAGCACCGGCACCAGGAUCCACAUCUAUAAAUUCAUCCAGAAAGACCCAGUUGAACUGCCAGUUCUGGACAAUGAAAUGUACCAUGCAGUGAAACCUGGACUUUCUGCUUAUAAAGACAACCCGGAGGAGGGCGGCAACACCGUGCGUCAGUUGCUGAAGAUAGCUAAGAAGACGGUGCCAGAGGAAGAGUGGAAGAGAACCCCGGUGGUCCUGAAGGCCACAGCGGGCCUGCGGCUGCUGCCCGAAGACAAGGCCAGCGCCCUCCUUCAGGAGGUGCAAAGUGUUUUUCAUGAGUCGCCCUUCUUUGUGCCACACAACAGUGUCACCAUCAUGAAUGGGACUAAUGAAGGAGUCCUGGCGUGGGUCACGGUGAACUUCCUUACAGGUCACUUGUAUUCAAAAACAAAGAGGACAGUGGGCAUCCUGGAUUUGGGCGGAGGAUCUACCCAGAUUACCUUCCUUCCAAAGUCUAAGAAAACCAUUCAGUCUGCCCCCCAAAGCUACAUUGCCAAAUUCGACCUGUUCAACAGCACAUAUCAGCUCUACACACACAGCUACCUUGGCAAUGGACUGUACGCGGCUCGCCUGGCAACUCUUGGAGCACUGGGAGCUGAUGGUCUGGAUUGGAAGGUUUUCACGAGCUCUUGCCUGCCGAAGAAGUUCAGAGAAGACGUGACUUUUGGUGGAACCACUUACAAAGUCAGCGGUGUUCCAGAUGGCUAUGCAGGCUACAAGCUGUGCUACUACGAGGUGAUGAAGGUCAUUAAGGGGAUCGUGCAUCAGCCUUACGAGGUGAAAGGCAGCAGCAUCUUCUAUGCUUUUUCAUACUACUUUGACAGAGCAGUGGAGUCGGGGCUCAUUGAUGGCAGUCGAGGUGGUGCGAUUGAAGUCAGGGAUUUUAAGAAGCGAGCCAAAGAGGUGUGCAACAAAAUGACCAAAUACCGUGCCAUCAGCCCCUUCCUGUGCAUGGACAUGACGUACAUCACCUGUCUGCUCAAGGAAGGCUUCGGCUUCAAGGAGAACACUGUGCUGCAGCUGGCCAAAAAGGUGAACAACGUGGAGACAAGUUGGGCUCUGGGCGCCACCUUUGACUACUUCAGGAACCUCAACAUCCACUAAGGACAACUCAAGGUCAUGGCAGCCGGCACUGAGAGGGACACUUUUGUCACAGCGAGGCUUCCCUCCCUCAGCCCGCCUUCCCUCACAAACACACAAAUACACUCAGUCCCAUCACGCCGACUCCCCUGUGCACUCCUCAUCAUCAGUACCUGGCAAACACGACCAGAACUGUUCAGAAAAAAUAAAUCACUAUAUUUUUCUAAGGCCAGCUAUUUCUACUGUAUGUUGAGCCCAUGGCUGCUGGGCUGACUUUAUUUUUGUAAAGCGUUUUUACUUCCUAAUGGCUGUUUUCAGAUAUGUCCUCACCUGCCUGUCGAGUGUGUGGGCUUAGUGUGUAGUCACGGUGGUUGCUCCAUACACAACAGUGCCAUGGAGGUCUUUGUAAAUGCUUCCUUUUCAUUGUUUAUGCUAACGAUUUCACCGGACAGGGUCGACAAGCAGUUGACAAGCACGCAUACACUUUAUUUGUAGGCAUUUAUUUGUAGCAUCAUAGUUGAAGAUGUCAAAGGUUGCUCUCACAGAGUGUGUGGCGGACUUGUAGCCUGUAAAUGGAAUGCUUUAAUUUAAUCCAAGCCUUAUUGUUUGUGAGUCAUCAACAACAACCUCUCAUCGCGUAUAGUUAACGUCAUUUAGUAUUAUGCCAAAGUGUGUACUGCCAUCUAGAUCUAUGAUUUCCAAUUUGUCACUUUGAUUUCUGCUUUUUUUGUGAACUGUACAAAUAUUUAAAUACCAGAAGAUUUAUUUAAUGAUUUUUUUUUACUGAUAUCGGCUAACUUUUAUUAGCUAGUUAAACACUUUUUUGCUGUCUUUCCAGUAUCCAACAUGUUCUAUAAUUACUGUUGUGUGUUUGUAUAUACUAUAUAUCCAUAUAUAUACAAACACACAACAGUAAUUAUGUCACUAACUCUUUCAUUGGCCAGCAAGUGCUUUCAAAUGCCAAAACGUUUUUAUCCUAUGACGCACCUCUAUGUGCUAAU